GGUAUAUAUUAGUCUUCAUUAGCUAUGUCGAGCAAUUUAAUGAACUUAAGAAAAUCUAGAGUUGGAUUGUUAAAUCUUAUUUAGGAAAUUAUAACUAUAUAUACUUUGUAAAUUGUCAAUGAAUUGUUCAUGGUGAGAUGUCAGUCUGGGAAAAAGUGAAAUGAAGUCUGGAUAGGAGAGUGCAGGCUUCACUGCUAGGCCUGGCACUGUCACUGUAACCAGCUGUGUGACCUUUGGCAAAUUGCACCAUCUCUGGAUGUUCAUUUUCUCAUCUAUAAAUGAAGCAGAGCAGACUAGAAGAUUUGUAGAGCCUCUCCAGGGAGAACCUUCUAUGAGUUUCCUCUUUGCUGACUCCAGACUGUCAAUGGAGGAGCACUGUUGAACUUUGAAAUAUUGGCUAUUCAUAUUCAGGUUUUUACUUGUUACAUUCAAAACUUUGCAUUAGAGUCUCUAAGCAUUUUAUAAUUAAGUAGUAGACAUGAAAUUUGAACUAGUGUAUUACAGUUUUUGAAUUUUAAAUGGUACAAAAUACUCCCGUUUACUUUAGACUUGGAUACCACAACAGGCUAAAAGGUUUAAAGUAAAUGGUUUCUCCAAAAGCAAACCAGAGUCCCAAUGCCAUGGCUUGCUGUGCUUCCCGUUACUGCCGCAGUGUCCACACCGGCCCUGCCACCACCACCUGCUCAUCUGAAAAAUGCUGCCGAUGUGGAGUCUGCCUGCCCAGCAUCUGCCCACACGCGGUUUAGUUACCGGAGGCAACCUGCUAUGACAGCUGUCCCCCACCGUGCCGCAUUCCUCGGCCCUGUGUGCCCGCCUGCUUCGUGCUCAACUCAUCCCAGCCUACCCUAGGCCUGGAGACCCUGAGCCUCACAACCUUCACUCAGCCCUGCUGUGAGCUCUGCAUCCCAAGCUGCCGCUGACCGAUGACUGCCUCGCUCAGUGCCUGGAGAUAACACUGAAGCUAUCUAUUCAGCAUUCACUUGCCUCAGUAGUUUAUCAGACAUUGAGGCAGACCAGAUGGCCUAGAUAUGCACAGCCUACCUUUCAUCUUAAUGGAAAGAAAAUCAAGAAAUUUUAAUGGUUAUUUGGCUAACCAUUUGGUUCAUUUGGGCAGGUGAAUGUCAUCUAUUAUCAAAAGUAUUGAUAUCUAUAAGACCUCAGACUGUUUGUUUGUCUGUUUUUUCUGUCUGCACAGCUUGUGGGAUUUUAGUUUCCCGACCAGGGAUAGAACCCAGGCCCUCAGCAGUGAGAGGGUAAAGUCAUAACCACUGGACCUUCAGGGAAUUCCCCAGACCGUAUUUUGUUGGUCAUGUUGCUUCCUAGAUCCCAUUCCUUAUAUUGAGUAUUUUCAUAGAGGAAAAAUAAUUUCCUGAUGGGUUUUCCAAUAAACUUUAUUUCUGUGGCAAUAAAUAAAGUAAAUGGUUACUGUUUGAAUCAUCUCAUCUUUGAUGUUAUGAAUCUCUGUCUUCACAUAAAUUAUAUAGCUUCUGUAGAAUAAGAUGUGCCCAUUAGAAAGCUGCAGGAAAACUAGAAUAAUGUAGUUAAUAGUAAGAUAUCAGGGCUUUUCUGAUAACUAAAAUAUUUACCAGGUUAAGACUAAUUAACACUUACCAAAACUUAU